AUGGACGAGCAUAAUAAUAUAAACAACGGUUAUGUCGGAAUCAAUAACACCGUCCAUCAACCGGAAAGCCUCGAUUCUAAUCCUCCGGUUCCAUUAGAUACCAAUUUGCACACCCAAUCUCAUAUUCAAAGUUUCCGGCCUUAUGCCACCUCAUUUUCUCUCGAAGAUAUGCCGUAUAUUAAUACCAAUCCUCCAAGUCAAACGACUGUUAAUUUGCCCCAACCUAUUCAACAUGUCCGUACUCCUGACAUUUUCCUACCUUUCAGUGGUAGUGUUGAUAUGACGUCUAUUAAUACCGUUGACUACAGAAAUGCUGGAAAUCGUACAACAUCGUAUCAAGCUGAUCCCUCGGAUUCUUAUUACCACCCGGGCGUUGGCAUACGAUUGACCGAACAAGACAUGAACUGUCGUUGUCCACUCUGUGGUUCGUCCAACGGACAUUUUGAUACGAUUGACAGUCAAUUUGUUACAUAUACUCUUGCGCCAAUGCGCGCGCAAGCAUCCGACAACACUAACUUAUUCAACGAGACCGCGAGCCUCGAAUAUGUGGUUAUAAGAGAAGUACGAGUUCAAUCAGUGUUGGGCAGAGUACCUGCUGCUAGCAUCGGCGAAAUGUCGGCUUUAACUCAAAUGUGA